AGUCACGUUCUGACAUCUCGCAGACAGUAAUACGAGUUUAUAGCGGCCAGGAACGGAAACUACUGCACACUGAAAUUCUUCUGUAAUAUCAAUCGCAUUAUAUUCAUGAGUAAGCCUAGUCACGAAUUUGUACAGGGUUGCCAACAUGCGCGUCAUGUCCCGGAGGAGGCUCCGUGUGACGAAUGCCGCAGCCGCGGCUGCUGCCGGCGCUUCUGGCCGAGGCAAGGUCGCAGCCGGCCGACUGCGGCAACGCCUCAUCACCGCCAUCCUGGCUUCUGCGCGACAAGCUUGCAAUAGGUCAGGCUGUCUUCCAACGCUACUUCCUGAGCAUCUUCGUGAGCAAUUUGGUCGGCCUGCUUUGCCUACUCACCGUAGAGACCAUCGUGAGGGUGUGGCCUUCACAGGUCGUUUUCCGAGGCAAGAACAAGAAAGUAAAGUUUAUCUCACCAUAACAUUAAAGAGGAAUCUUGAGUGCCAUGAGAGUUUACUUGUGCUAUGUCCAAUUCCAAAUAUGCACUUUGUAAACUCUGUGAAGGCUGGUGGAUCCAUGACAGGUACAAUCAAGGCAACCUGUACUGGAACCCAUAAUCAUACUACACAAUACUGUGCCCUUACCACAGUCAUUUAA